AUGGAAGAUGUUUAUGAUAAAAAUAUAGAUGAAGUUCUUUCAGAGAAUGCAAGAUAAUCUUUGAUUUCUAGACUUAAAUAAAUACCACCAAUUUCUUAUUAACCUGAUUAUUAAGAUGAGAAUCAAGUAGUUAGCUCAUAUAUUAAAUAAGAAUUAGAAAAUAUUUUUAAAAAAUAUAAUGAGACAUUAUAAAAAUAGAAAGCAGAUGCAAAAUCAAAUAAAUAUCAAUUAUAAAAUUUUAUAACUACUCUAAAAGAUUUAAUCAAAUAAUUGAAUGAAAUUUCAUAAAAUGAUUGUGAUCCUCAAACAUAAUUUAUUAAAGAUUUCCUAUCAAAAAUAGAAUAAAGCAAAGAUAAGAAACAAUCCUAAGAAAAGUUUUUUUGUAUAUAUUAGUAUUUCUUUAAAUAUAAAGAAUCUAUAUCAGGUUAUCAAUAUUUUAAAGACAAAAAAAAGUAAUUAAAAAAGAUAAUAAAAUUAUUUAUUGAUGAAUUACAAGAAGAACUUAAAAGACAAGAAGAUAUAGAAAAGUAAGAAAAAUAAAAAUUAGAUGAAAUUAAAGCUACGCAAGAAAAAGCUGCUUAAGAAAAAUAAUUUUAGUUAGAUAAAAAGUAACAGGCAUUUGAUCAUUAACAAGAGAUGGAAAAGUUAAAAUUAUAAAAACCGGAAGAAAAAACAGAUAAAGGAAAACCAGAUCCUUAAAAUUAGGACUAAGAAUAAUUGGAAUAAUUACAAAAAGAAUUAAAUAAACAAAAAUUAUAAAAUGAUGAAAACGAAAAAUAGAUUAAUGCAAAAGAACAUGUAAAAUAAUAACUCAGAUAGCAUAUAAAUUAAACAAAUAAUGAAAUAACAAAGUUGAAUGCAAAAAAAAAAUAAUAUUAAGAAGGAUAAAUACAAUUAUGGUGGUGGAAUAGAGAUGGUAAAAAAACAUAAAUUAAAACAGAAGAUGAAAUCGAUAAUGAGAUUUUAAAUUAUCAAUUAAUUAACUAAUAAGCUAAAGAUGCAUUAAUUUAUGAUGAUAAGCAGCCGGAAAUGAUUUUGAAAGCUGUGAAAAAGGCUUUGGAAGAUGCUAAAACACUCAAGGAAGGUGCUGAAAAACCCAAGGAAGGUGCUGAAAAACCCAAGGAAGGUGCUGAAAAACCCAAGGAAGGUGCUGAAAAACCCAAGGAAGGUGCUGAAAAACCCAAGGAAGGUGCUGAAAAACCCAAGGAAGGUGCUGAAAAACCCAAGGAAGGUGCUGAAAAACCCAAGGAAGGUGCUGAAAAACCCAAGGAAGGUGCUGAAAAACCCAAGGAAGGUGCUGAAAAACCCAAGGAAGGUGCUGAAAAACCCAAGGAAGGUGCUGAAAAACCCAAGGAAGGUGCUGAAAAACCCAAGGAAGGUGCUGAAAAACCCAAGGAAGGUGCUGAAAAACCCAAGGAAGGUGCUGAAAAACCCAAGGAAGGUGCUGAAAAACCCAAGGAAGGUGCUGAAAAACCCAAGGAAGGUGCUGAAAAACCCAAGGAAGGUGCUGAAAAACCCAAGGAAGGUGCUGAAAAACCCAAGGAAGGUGCUGAAAAACCCAAGGAAGGUGCUGAAAAACCCAAGGAAGGUGCUGAAAAACCCAAGGAAGGUGCUGAAAAACCCAAGGAAGGUGCUGAAAAACCCAAGGAAGGUGCUGAAAAACCCAAGGAAGGUGCUGAAAAACCCAAGGAAGGUGCUGAAAAACCCAAGGAAGGUGCUGAAAAACCCAAGGAAGGUGCUGAAAAACCCAAGGAAGGUGCUAAUAAAGCCACGGAAUAAAUUUAAACAAAAAAAGAUUGCAAUUGA